AUGGCUGACAAAGCAAACAAACCUGUCACGCACGCGCUGCGAGAUGCGCUGCUUCACUUUGCUAUCAAAUCCAAGAAGCUAGCGUCGCCGCUGCUGGAGCCAUUCGGGCGCGCGUCCCAGCCGGCCACCGUCGGCGACGAUGAGCUGACGGCGCUCAAGUCCAAACUGCGGCGGAUCCGCGCCACGCUCCGCGACGCCGAGAGCCUAUCCAUCACCGAUCGCUCCGUCCAGCUGUGGCUGGCCGAGCUCGGCGACCUGGAGCACCGCGCCGAAGACGUGGUCGAGGAGCUGGAGUACGAGUCCCGCCGCUCGGCGCAGCUGGAGGAGCUCAAGCAAGACUUGCUCUACGCCGCCACCACGGGGAAGCGGCGCCGGGAGGUGGCGCUGCUGUUCGCGCCCGCGCCCGCGAGGCGGCUCCGCCGCAAGAUUGACGGCAUCUGGGCGAGGUACGAGGAGAUCGCGUCGGACAGGAAGAAGCUCCGGCUGCGGCCCGGCGACGGCGCGCCCCGGCCCGCGGCGAGCCCGCUCGUGCCAAGCAGCGCGCUUCCCCGUACCGAGCGCCUCCACGGGCGGCAGCGCGACAUCGAGAGGGUCGCCGCGCUGGUACGCGGGGAGCCGGACGGCGGGAGGACCUACGCUGUCGUGCCCAUCGUCGGGAUGGCCGGCGUCGGCAAGACGGCUCUGAUGCAGCACGUCUGCGGCAUGGAGGCCGUGAAGUCGUGCUUCGAACUGACACACUGGAUUUGGGUAUCCCAGGGGUUUGACGUCGUCAGCGUGACCCGCAAGAUCGUCGAGGCGGUCACCAGAUCGCGCCCGGUGUGCGGCGAGCUGAGCACGCUUCAUGAGCUCAUAGUCGAGCACCUUGCCGGCAAGAGGUGCUUGAUCGUUCUCGACGACGUGUGGGAUGACAAUCCCAGCCACUGGAACAGCCUGACGGCCCCGCUGAGCCGCUGCGCUCCGGGGAGCGCGGUUGUCGUGACGACGAGGAGCAACAAGGUUGCCAGGAUGGUGAGCACCAAGGUGUAUCAUCUCAAAUGCUUGUCAGAUGAAGACUGCUGGCGUGUAUGCCAGCGACGGGCACUGACGAAUAGCGAUGCCAACGUCGACCAAGAACUUGUAGCAAUCGGUGAGAAGAUCGCGAAGAAAUGUCAGGGCUUGCCAUUGGCGGCAGAGGCAGCUGGUAGUGCCCUGGGUGCUUCAACCAGCUGGAAGCACUGGGAUGAAGUCCUGAAUAACGACUUGUGGGCUGACAAUGAGGUGAAGAAUCUGGUACUGCCGGUGCUGAAGGUGAGCUACGACCACCUGUCCAUGCCGCUGAAGCGUAGCUUUGCGUUUUGUUCAUUGUUUCCAAAGGGCUUCGUCUUCGACAAAGAUCUGCUAGUCCAGCUGUGGACUGCGCAGGGUUUUGUGGAUGCUGAAGGAGACUGCAGCCGUGAAGCUAUCGCCUAUGGCUACUUCAAUGACUUGGUGUCAAGGUGCUUCUUCCAGCCUUCCCCAUCUCAUGCUAUCAGCGAAGGGAAGUUUGUUAUGCAUGACCUGUAUCAGGAGCUUGCUCAGUUUGUUUCAGGCAAUGAAUGUAGGAUGAUACAACUCCCUAAUUCAAUGAAAAUAGAUGAAAGCCAUCGGCAUUUGUCCUUUGUCGACAAGGAGCCUCAUUCUGUCGAAGAAAUAAACUUGAACUCAUUUUGUGGUCAUCGUGAUCUGCGAACCUUACUGUUCAUUGCAAGAACAGAACAAAACCACGAGGAGAUGGCCUUCAGAACAAAGAUUCCUUCCGAGCUGAUCACAGAUUUUGAAUGCUUAAGGGCUUUAGAUUUGAGCAACUCCAAUAUCAUGGAGCUACCAAAAUCCAUUGCAAGUCUGAUACACCUAAGGUUCCUUGGUCUGGACAACACCGCAAUCCAGAAGUUGCCUGAGUCAAUUUGUGCGCUUUUCCACUUGCAGACAAUUAAGCUUAACCAUUGUUCUUCCCUUACUCAGUUGCCUCAAGGCAUCAAGCUCCUAUUGAAUUUAAGGUGCCUAGAGAUUCCACAUUCAGACAUAAAGAUGCCUUCUGGGAUUGGAGAGUUGACUAGGCUGCAGAGACUACCUUUUUUUGCCAUUGGGAAUGAGCCUGCUGGAUGUAGCAUAGCAGACCUGAACGAAUUGGUAAACCUUGAAGGACAUCUUCACAUCACAGGUCUAAACAACCUGGAUGUUGCACAAGCUUCCACCGCCAACCUUUGGAACAAGUUGGGGAUUCAAAAGCUUACACUUGAAUGGUCUGAACUUACAAAUUUUAACCAGUCCCUUUGUGAUCCGCAAGGAAAUGCAGUGAGCUGCAUGUCAGACAGUCAGCACCAAGGAAUCAGUGCUACAGGAGAUCAGGUUUUAAAGUGCCUCAAGCCACAUUCAAAUCUGGAGGAGCUCAGCAUCAAGGGUUAUAACGGAUCCUUUUCUUCGUCAUGGUUAGGAUGGCUGCCCUUGGACAGGUUAGCUUCUAUUGAACUGAAAGACUGUCAUAAUUGCAAAGAAGUACCGCCCCUUGGCUGCCUACCAUCACUGAAACACAUUUUGAUACAAUCACUGCCAAGCGUGAAGCUAAUUGGUCCAGAGUUCUUUGGCAAUGUUGGAGAUACCACUUCUAACAGUAAGAGCAGAAUCUGCAAUGUGUUUCCUUCACUGGAGUCACUAAAGUUCAGGAACAUGGAAGCUUGGGAGGCAUGGCUCGGUGUCAAGAGUGAGCACUUCCCCAAUCUUAAAUAUUUCAGCAUCGUCAGAUGCAGCAAACUGAAGCUGUUGCCCAAGUUCACUUCAGAACCAAAGCUGAAAAUACAGUACUGUGACCUGCUGCAAAUGCCUUUGUGUCAGAAAUAUCGGAAUAAGGCGAAGCACAUACCAGCUCAAAAUGAAAUCUCAUAUACGUGCAUUGCGGAAGGUGACAUUUUAGUUCUUGAAGCUUCCUGUUCCUAUGGUGCAUAG